AUGACUUUAUCACAAUUGAAAGUUAGUUUUCUUGGUCUUGGUAAUAUGGGUAAUGCUAUAGCAAAAAAUAUUCUCAACAAAGGUUUUCAACUUGUUGUUUGGAAUCGUACAGCUUCAAAAGCAAAUGAUUUAGUGAAUGCUGGUGCACGUCUAGCAACAACUCCUCGUGAAGCUGUUGCAAAUGCUGAUGUUAUUAUUAGUUGUCUAUUUGAUGAUAAAUCAUGUCUAGAUGCUGCUCAAGGAGAAAAUGGAUAUCUAAUGGAAAUUCAAAAAAAUGCAAUACAUGUCAAUACUACAACUAUCAGUCCACAGGUUGCUAAUCAACUUGAAACAUUACAUAAACAACAUGGAGCUUAUUAUAUUGCAGGACCUGUUUUCGGUCGUCCAGAUGUCGCCGCUCUUGGAAAAUUAAAAUCUUUCUUAGGUGGUAAUCUUGAAGCAAUUGAACGUGUUCGACCUGUAAUUGAAACAUAUUCUGGUGGUUCAAUAAUUAUUGUUGGUAAUAAUCCAGCACACGCAAAUGUUAUAAAAUUAACAGCAAAUAUGAUUCUUGUUGCAAAUAUUUCUCUAUUUGGUCAAGUAUAUGCAUUUAAUGAACGUUGGGGUAUUGAUCAUGAUAUGACUCAUGAAAUACUUGGUACAUUUUAUUCACAUCCAAGUUUAUUAGCUUAUGAAGCACGUGUACGAGAUAGAAAUUAUGAAAGACCAAUGGGAGAAGGAUUUGGAGUCGAAGGAGGUUUAAAAGAUGUUAAUACAAUGUUAAAUACUGGUGAUCAAGUUGGUGUUCCUCUUCCAUUUUGUAGUAUUAUGAGAGAACACUAUGUUUCAGCAAUUGGAAAUGGAAUGGCAGACAUGGAUUGGUCAGCGUUAGGUGAUAUAGCAAGACUCAAUUCUGGAUUACCUUUACAAACUCAACAAAAGAAAUAA